ACGAGACACCGUGCGUCAUGUGACCUCAAUAACAAACCCAAGUGAAACCCAGCAGACAGUUCGAUGUCUGUGUUUGCGGAAGCGUCUCCUCGAGUUGCUCGGUUAGCCUCCAGCUAACUGUGUCACUGUGUGUUUGAUGCAGCUGUUAGCUGGGUUGUUAGCCUGGACUCGUUUGUUAUCAUGGAGCCGCCAGGCAGCGUGAACGCAGACCCUGCUGAGCGGCCGGACCGUGAUGGUCGUUGCACACAAUGGCGCAACUGGUCUGGGUUUUGGCUGCUUGGAUUGUGCAACAACUUUGCUUAUGUGAUAAUGCUGAGCGCUGCACACGACAUCCUCAAGAAACAAGAGUCUCACAACACCACAGCAUCUACAGAAGCCACAUUGGCCGUGGAUUUCCAAGUUGGGAACAGUAGCAACAGUAGCCGUUAUGACUGCAAUCCUGUCUCUACUGCGGCGGUGCUGUUGGCUGACAUCCUCCCAACGCUCGUCAUCAAGCUUUCUGUUCCUUUUGUCAUCCACAAUCUGCCGUAUGGUAUCCGAGUGUUGUUCUGUGCCGCCAUGGCAGCGGCGAGUUUCCUCCUUGUGUCCUUAUCAUCAGCUGUCUGGAUCAGCAUCCUUGGAGUGAUCUUUGCCAGUAUCAGCGCUGGACUGGGAGAACUGUCCUUCCUCUCUCUCACUGUCUUCUUCAACAGGGAUGUGCUGGGAGGUUGGGGCUCAGGUACAGGUGGUGCUGGUGUUGCUGGAGCCCUCCUCUACUCAGUCCUUACCCAGGUUGGCCUGUCACCUCAGGUCACAGUUCAAAUUAUGCUGGUGGUCCCAUUUGCGAUGCUGAUCAGCUACUUCUCCCUACUGGUUCCUCCACCUUCAUUACCUCAGUGGAAAUCCAGAAGGACAGAGUAUGCAGCCGUGGGCUCAGAGGAGAGCCGGGGGCUGAUGGAUGGUGCAGAGGAAGAGGAGGAGGACAAAUCAACCCCAGGUUCAUGUGUAACAGAGGACGUGAGCACUGGGCCUCUCACCUUCACAGAGAAACUGCACAUCAUCAAAGGCUUGUUGAAGUUUGUGUUUCCGUUGGGACUGGUCUACUUUGCUGAGUACUUCAUCAACCAGGGCUUGAUGGAACUCCUGUAUUUCCCAAACUUUUUCCUGUCCCAUGCAGAGCAGUAUCGCUGGUACCAGACAUUGUACCAGGUUGGUGUGCUGGUGUCUCGAUCCUCCCUGUGCUGUGUGAAGAUCAGAAAACUGUGGGCUCUGUCUUUGCUACAGGUGGUGAAUGCGGUGUUGCUUGUAUUUGCCGUACGUUACCUAUUCUUGCCCAGUGCCUGGCUGGUGUUUGCCAUUGUCCUCUAUGAGGGUCUGCUGGGUGGAGCUGCGUAUGUCAACACCUUCUACUUCAUCAGCAAAGAGAGUGAAGACAGACACAGGGAGUUUGCCAUGGCUGCUGCCAGCGUAGGAGACAGUCUGGGUAUAGCUCUGGCUGGACUUGCUGCUUUCCCUGUCCACAGAUACUUCUGUUCCAUGUGACCCAGCCCACACACUGACAAACAGGAUGAAUAAGCAAGAUGUGGGUGGAUUCCAGUUAAGGGAUUUUUUAUUAAAAUCUGAAAUGAAAAGAGAGACUUCACUCCUGCAUAAUUCUGACUCCACAAACUCAGGUUUAGGUGCAGUCUGGGUUCCAGGGUCUGGUGGUGGUGAGGGGAGUAUUUAAGUUAUAAGUUGUUGUUUUGUUUUUAUUCAGAGGAAUAUGAUACAAUUAUAUAAUGAUUCUUGGUCUUAGUGUGUUUGAGGUUAUUUUUUAAAAAAAGAAAAAAAGAUCCAGAACAGGGUAAUUGAUUGAUUUAAAGGGGACAUAGCAUGCCCAUUUUACCACAAGUUGAUAUGGUUCCUUGGGGUCUUAAUGAAAUGUCUGUAA